AUCGUCAUCGUCAUCGUUGUCAUCGCCGUUGCCGUUGUCGUGGUGCCCGAGACAAGUCGGUGGUGUGGUGCAGUGCCGCUGAAGAGCGAAAAGGAAAACGAGUGUGGAGAGAGCAAGAGGAGGAGGAGGAGGAGGAAGAGGAGGAGGAGGAGGUGGAGGUGGAAGAGGUGGUGCGUCUCGCGGAUGAGAGCGUCGUUCCCUUUCUCGUUGUCCUCGUCGCAGUCAACCCUGUUGCUGGCGACCGCGCCGCGCCGCGCCGCGUCGCGUCGCACCGCACCGAGCCGACCUGAGCCGAGGUUUUGUUUUGUUUGUGCUGCCUCUUGCCCCGCGAGAGGAGGUGUUACAGCGAGGCCGACGCCAGGUAUCCAGCGCGCGGCGUGUCCCGGCUGUAGCGGGGAAUAUUGUAUUACGAUGAUCAGUGACACGUGCGGAUAUGUUCUCUUCCUGCUGCUGCUGCUGCUGGUGCCGUACAUCGAGAGCGCUCGCCGAUUAAACGAGUACAUCCGCCACUACGAAACGCUGUCAUAUCCUGUCGAGGAGGUCCACCGGAGCCACCUGAGGGCGAAGAGGUCGAUCAACCGCGACAGCACCGUGACGUUAAAGUUUCGCGCGCACGGCAAGGACUUCCACAUCCGAUUAAAGCGAGACUUGACCACCUUUAGUAACAACCUAAUUAUCGAGGAGUCCACGGGGGAGAGGCAGUACGGCUCCGACGUCUCCCAUAUUUAUCAGGGCAACCUAAUCGGCGAACCUGGUAGCCACGUGUUUGGAAGUGUCAGUGAUGGAGUCUUCCACGGGAAGAUAGUAUCACCGAAAAGUGGUGCGUGGUACGUGGAAAGGGCGCAUUACUACUUUCCGCCGCAUGAGAUAAAUGAGACGUUACAUUCUGUGAUCUAUCAUGAGAAUGACGUCGGUGAUCCGUACGUGGACGUUCGACAAGGUGACGGCGGUGGAUGUGGCAUUACCAAUAGUGAUGUAAUAGAAUGGAUGGAAAGAGUGCAGAAUUCCGCUGUACCGGAUGAACCACCUAAGACAAUCCCGACAAGUCAGAAGGAACCGAAACCAAAUGUUAUACCUUGGAAUGGCGAUCGGGAGACUCCCGGUCACAAGUAUAGUAGAGAAGCUAACGAACCUAGUCAUCGCAGGCCACGAAGAGCAACCAGAUCGAAAGAGAACAAUACUUGCUCGCUUUUUAUACAAACGGAUCCUCUUAUAUGGAGGCACAUUUCCGAACAGUUGCAUCACGACGCAGAGAAAACCAGGGAGGAAAUAUUGUCCUUGAUCGCACAUCACGUCACUGCCGUGAAUUACAUCUACAGGGACACGAAAUUUGAUGGUAGGACGGAGCACAGGAACAUCAAGUUCGAGGUUCAGCGAAUAAAGAUCGAUGAUGAGACAGCGUGCACGCCUCAACAACCGUACAGCCCCGAGCCGAACCCGUUCUGUAUGGAGAAUAUCGACGUUAGCAACUUCCUAAAUCUCCAUUCUCUCUCGAAUCACGAGGACUUCUGUCUUGCCUACGUUUUCACCUACAGAGACUUUACUGGUGGUACUCUCGGACUCGCCUGGGUUGCUUCCGCGUCCGGUGCAUCCGGCGGUAUCUGUGAGAAGUAUAAGACUUAUACCGAGACGGUGUCUGGCCUGUAUCAGUCCACUAAGAGGUCCCUCAACACUGGCAUCAUAACUUUCGUGAAUUACAACAGUCGUGUACCGCCCAAAGUAUCGCAACUGACUCUGGCACAUGAGAUAGGUCAUAACUUCGGAUCACCGCAUGAUUUUCCACCGGAAUGCAGACCGGGAGGCUUGGACGGUAAUUACAUUAUGUUCGCCUCGGCGACAAGCGGAAAUCGACCGAACAACAGCAAGUUUUCAAAGUGCAGCAUUGGCAAUAUCAGCAACGUCCUAGAUGCUAUUGAGGAUAAUAAGAAGAGGAACUGUUUCACUGGAGCGUUUUGUGGGAAUAAAAUUGUCGAGGCUGGCGAAGAGUGUGAUUGCGGAUACGAUGACGACGAGUGCGUGGACAAAUGCUGCUAUCCUAGACAGGUGUCCGAUUUAGAUAAAAUAAAAAAUGAUACGGCGAAAGGUUGUAGUAGAAAAUACGGAACACAAUGCAGCCCUAGUCAAGGACCCUGCUGUUCGAGCGAAACGUGCCAGUUUGUGCCGCUCUCCCAAAGAGUUCAAUGUAGAGCCGAAUCGGACUGUAGUUACAAUUCUACAUGUAAUGGAAGGUCCUCCGAAUGUCCAGCGCCGUUACCGAAAGCCAACAAGACUAGAUGCAACGAGGGCACUCAAUUGUGCAUCAAUGGAGAGUGCACAGGAUCCAUUUGCCUGGAGUGGAAUUUGACAGAGUGCUUUUUAACGAGCAGCAUCAUACCAAACAUCGACAAGCGAAAACUCUGCGAAUUAGCCUGUCAAAAUGGGACUGAUGCAUCAACAUGUCGUGGUACAAGCGAGUUUGCACAUAUGGUAGGAUUGCCCGAGGGUGGAAUGAGCCUCAGACCUGGCUCGCCUUGUGAUAAUUUUCAGGGUUAUUGCGAUGUUUUCUUGAAAUGCCGAGCUGUGGAUACAGAAGGACCACUUGCGAGAUUGAAAAAUCUAUUAUUCAACAAAGAAACUUUAUCAUCAGUAGCGCAAUGGAUAACUGAAUUUUGGUGGGCAGUGUUAUUAAUGGGUAUAGCUUUCAUCAUAUUUAUGGGGCUAUUUAUUAAAUGUUGCGCAGUGCACAUUCCUUCCACUAAUCCUAAAAAACCGCCCGCAAGGCGCAUCAGUGAUACAUUAACAAGGCCGAUGAAUACUCUUAGAAGAAUGCGACAUCCACAUGGUGGUGGCGGAGCUGGGCCAAGGAGUAUACCUCCAAGACCAAGUCAAGGUGGACACGGAACACGUGGACCUUCUCAUGGUUAUGGGGAAGGUAGAGGUGCUCAAUAUUAUCCAAAAGCAGGCUAUCGCUCGGUUCCCACAGCUAGUGCGCCACCAAGUAGCGGGUCAGCAGACAAUUACAGCCGUUCCAAUCACCCAGAGCUGUAUGCCGGCGCCUAUUCGAGCUCCGGGGGAGGGGGGAGGAGCGCAGCAUAUGAGAUGAGGCAUCACAACAAGGUGUGACGAACUUAGGACGUCGUCACGGACGAGAACCACCAAUCGCGGCGUUGCACCACGAGUUGUUGUGUAGAACGAUUGCCAAAUGCAAGGGAACCGAUCCACGUAAGGAAUGCGACGAUGUCUCAUAACCGAGGUCGAAGCAAUAACUACGAACUACAGCACAAUGAUCGAACAGAUUGAGAGGUCCGGCAAUAUGCUCUUUUACCUGAGUUGCAUAGAAUUUACAUAAAGAGCCGCGCGUCACUUGUAGAUAUGAAAAAAGUACGCAUCGGUGAUCAAAUCGAUCUCUCACUUUGUAUCGGUUUGGUAGAUGUAAUUGCGCAAAAAUAAAUUAUGCUGCGAACGACGACUCAAAAGAUUGAAUUGACCGAAGUCACGAUAAUGAAAUAAUGGAGUAUAUAUCGCGAAAAUCGUGACCACUGAGAAUUUUAUAUAUGUAAUCUUUUUUAUGUAGUACCAAUGUGGUCUUUUGCGUCGUCGUUCAAGAAAUUUCGUCGCAUCAAAUUUUAAAAUGCUUCGCCAGCGAAGGUGAUAUUGUUAUAAGAUCAAAGUAAUUUAAAGCGAAUCCAAUGUGUGAUUCAUUUCGCUUUAGUGAUCGAUAUGCUGUAUUCGUAAAGCGACGAACAAUGUUAAAAAGUGUCGCAUCUUCGUCUCUCGUCACUAUGAACAUUUAAGAUCAGGAUCUAUAGUUUCUAUGUGACUUCGAGAUGUCGAUACUCGUGCAUGUCGCUCUCGAAAGUUAGAUUAAGUAGAGAAUCUCUGACUUUGUUGAACAUUAAAUACAAGUUUAGUGGGGAAAUUGGCAAUAAUAUCUUUUGAUAAGCGACGCAUGUAUUUAAGUGAGUUUCCCAAAGGCGACAUUAUAUUUUUACUUCGUUUAUUAACAUGUAUAAAGCGAAAAGUACUCUUUUUAAUUGAAAUAAAAUUUUAUUGUGAUAA